UCCCUAGCUGAAUCUUGUUUUUCAUCCGAUCCCUGUGUUUUUAGCCCAAUUAAAGGUCGAAAUCUGGUUUUUCAUGGCGGAAAACCCUGGAUUCAAGACUUCGGAGGCCUAAAUCCACUGCAUUCUUGUUUCUCUAUUCGGAUCAUUGAUUAUCCUGCUUGGAUCGAGAAAGGGUUGGUAGUGUUGCUUAUGGAGGGUGACAUUAGUGCUUCUCGUAUUCUAUCUCCAUCCCUGGUUGAAAGCAGUGAUGAGGACCUGGCCGUGCUUCCUAGGCACACUAAGGUCAUUGUCACUGGGAACAACCGAACAAAGUCUGUUUUGGUUGGUUUGCAGGGUGUUGUCAAGAAGGCUACUGGUCUUGGUGGCUGGCAUUGGCUGGUCCUAAAGAAUGGAGUGGAGGUGAAGUUACAAAGGAAUGCUUUAAGUGUUUUAGAAGCUCCAUCAGGGAACGAAGAUCACAGAGACAUAGACUGUGAUAACUCUUCAUGUGGUUGCCUUGACAUUGAAGAUAAAGAUGUUAAUUACUCUACCAAAGAGUUUCACCGAUCAACUAAACCAAGAGCAAGGAAUGCCAAGUCAUGGACAUCAUCAACAACCUCAACGAAAUCAAGCAACCAAAACAACUACAGGGACAUUCAACUCAAGAAAGUAAAUCUGUCAAAACUUGGGACAGCAGCGUUGUGGAGGUAUUGGAGGCACUUCAAUCUUGUGGGCAUGAAUCCGAAACCAUCCAAAGAACAACUAAUUCAUGGUGUUGAGAAUCAUUUCCUCUCUCAGCAAUUAGAUGAGAUGCAAGUGAUUGUGCGGUUCAUACACACAAAGAAGAGAAUGAGAGCUCAAUAACGUGAAGGGAAGAAUGCUAUUGUAAUUGUUAAAAAGUGUCCAUGUAUAUGUCCUUCAUUGCAUGGCUUUAAGAUGAGAUUAGGGCUUACGUGGGGGGAUGCGUUUGCAUGCGUAUGGGGGACAAGGUUGUCAGGCGUUCACGUGGCCGUCAUUGUUGCGGCAGUGCGUGAUUUAUUAUUAUUUUAUAUAUAUAUAUUGGUGAACUGAGCACUGAGCAGCUAUGAAGUUAAAUAUAUAUUAAUAUUAUA